AUGGCGUCCCCAAGUAAUAUCAAAUUGUCCGUUACAGAUGCGCCUGUCUUUAGCUUCCACCCUAAAGUGGAAACCGCUGAGAAGGCAAGCGAGCUGUUGCAGAAAGAUGAACAAGAACAUAACAUAUAUUUCAAUGACAUGGGGUUUCACAAUCACAUCGAUCACCACGUACUAUCUAUCUAUGCUCUCGGGGCAUCUCCAGAAGAUGUAGUGCGCGCCUACGCUAGCGGUUCAAGCUACCAACGGCCUGCUCUCCCAGUGGAUGAGGACGUUGUCAAGCGCCUAAGCAAUCAAGAUGAAUUUAGAAAACUGGCUGGAAAGAGAGAGCAUUACCCAAACUUCCUGCGUUUUUUCAAACAAGAGCUUGAAUCCAAGGGCGUCGGCUCCGUUGUGAAUGAGUAUCUCUUUGCGGGAGGGGAGUUUGCUGACGAGAUGUUGGCACGGCUUUUUGGAGGGCUUAUGCAUCCGUUGAUCCACUUAGGGUUCGGGAUUGAAUUCAACCAGCCUUCUAUCAUUGCCCAGGGGCUUGCUCAAACAGCCACGCAUAGUAAACAGUUGGAGAUCUUUUUUCAGCCCGCAGAGAAGAUGGCACGAGAUGCUGGAACGCCCAGCAACAAAACAUUGGUUCAGCUUCAGGAUGAGCUACGAAACGACUCCGAUAUCAAACGUUCCAUUGAGUGGGCUGACUCCAAUAAGAUUUUUGAUGGCGUGAUGCACCGAUGCCCGGACAAAAUGAUUAAAUAUGCCAGCCAGUUCAGUGUUGAACCCAACCAAUUCGAGGAGAAAUUUGCCGAGUUAAUCAAUUCAACGGUGUACUUUACCGGCACGGCCCAAAAUCCCAAGAAGGCAAUCAAGUUUGAUUUCUUCUACAUUCACUCGUUGAACUCUAACAUUUUCCUGUCUGCUUUCUUUGCUCAGCCCUGGAUGACCAAGGAGAAUAAGGUACGCCUUCUCGAAUGGAAGGCUCGUAACGAUGUCCUUACCUACGUCUCUCGCGGAUGCGCGGAGCCACACCUGGAGGACAUCACAAGUUACCCUGCCAAGCUGGAUUGGGACGGAGUGUUCAAGGAGACUGUAGCACUUAAGCAGGAUGAUGGGCAUGCCGCCAAAUUUGUCCGGCAUGCCGCUCACGGUGAAAAGGUUUGUAAGCAGUAUGAAGGAAAGGACAGCUUCCGUAUUAAAGGUGAUAUGUGGUUGAAGCUGGGAAAUAUGGUGGUCGAUUCCAUUAAUGCUCCAGGGCCCAACUGGGUGAGGUCUGCGGGUUUUGAAGAGGCAUGGGAAGAAGUCCCGGCGCGACAGUAA